AUGGCUGGCUGUGUCUUGCUGCUCCGUGGCUUCAUUCUCGCCUUCCUCCUUACCCUUGUCCUGCACCAGGUGGAGCUUUCAGGAGACAUGGAAAGAUUCUGGAAACAGUACAGGGGUGGUUCUCCAUGUAUCUCCCAGCCCUGCCUCAACAACGGGAUAUGCAAGGACCACAUCCGCAAUUAUAGCUGCACAUGUUCUCCUGGCUAUGAGGGCAGAAACUGCGCAAUGGCUACAAACGAAUGUCACCUAGAGAGGACGGAUGGGUGCCAGCACUUCUGCCAUCCAGGGGAGUCAUCCUACGUGUGCAGUUGUGCGAAGGGCUACAAGCUGGGCAAGGACCACAAGUCAUGCAGUCCCUACGACAAGUGUGCCUGCGGGACCCUGGCUUCCGAAGACAUCAGAGGCUGCCAAAGCCCGCCUAGCUUCCCGUGGCAGGUCAAGUUAACAGACUCCAAAGGAAUGGACUUCUGUGGCGGUGUUUUAAUACAGGAAGACUUCGUGCUGACAACAGCAAAGUGUUCAUUACUCCACCACAAUAUAAGUGUAAAAGCAAGUGCUGGCCAGAGGAUUGGGGUCAGGAGCACUCACGUGCACAUGCGUUACAAUGAGGAGUCUGGGGAGAACGACCUCUCCCUGCUGGAGCUGGAGGAGCCCUUGCAGUGUCCCAGCCCUGGGCUCCCUGUCUGCAUCCCAGAGAGGGACUUCGCCGAGAAUGUCCUCAUCCCUGGAACAGACGGUCUCCUCAGCGGCUGGACACUCAAUGGCACAGGCCUGGGUGCCACACAGAUGAUGCUUCCAGUCACACACGCGGAUGGGGAGGAGUGUGAACAGACCCUGAACGUGACGGUCACAACGAGAACAAGCUGUGAGAAGGGCAGCGUGGUGACCGGGGCUUGGGUGGAGGGGAGCGUGAUCACCCGAGAACACAAGGGGACCUGGUUCCUCACAGGGAUCCUGGGUUCGCCACCCCCACCGGAGCAGUCACACUUGCUCCUCACCACGGUCCCAAGAUACUCAAUGUGGUUUAAACAGAUUAUGAAGUGACCGAAAUCCAACAACAUGGCUGCAGGGUGGUCAGAUCCUGCCACACAGUUACCACUGGAAGGUGAUGUUGCUUUCCUUGGAACUUUGAAAUCUUCUUUAUUCUUGAGAAUUUCAUACACACAAGCAAUGAAAUAUGACCACAUCCAUGCCCCAUUUCCCUUCUGCUCACCUUAUAUUCCCUUCAACAUGUCCCUCCUGAAGAGUCCAAGAAUAAGAAAAUAAAAAUGUAGAUUUCAAAAAUAAGAAUGUAGAAAUAAAAAAUAUAAAGUUAUAAGUCUAGGGGAAUGAGAACAGACUGUCAGCAGCUUUCUCAGCAGAUCAAGGGUCAAUCAUUCACAGUGAACUAUUUUCUCAGACGCUUAAGAAGCCUCCAUCAGUUAGGUCAUUUCAUUUUACAACUGGCUGUUCUAUUUACAAGGCCGGAGCUUCUCUCUGCAAACUGAGAGUAGUGCCCUGGCAAUACCUGAUGAAUAACAGAUAUGAACUGAGUUAACCUCUAGGAGACAGAGCUAUGUGACCUCUGGGUUAAGCACUGUCUCUGUUAUGGAAAACUGGCACCAUCAAAGGGGAGGCGUGGGGGCUUCAGUAUACACUGCCUGGAGGUACCAGGAAAGACAGUGACCACGGUGCAAGCACCUGGUUUAACUAAUGAGCUCUGAUAAUGGAGGUUAUAAAGUAUGGCAGUCUGUAUCUGAGUUUUAACAUGAGAUAGCGUCAAGAAUUUUCUGCUGUCUUCUAAGUUCCCAGCCUAAGAACCAAUCAUUCUGAUUUACCAACCCUCUGAUAUUACUAGCAGUCCCUUUUCUGACUAAUUGCUAAAGACACCUGUUUUCUUGUAAUCAGUGACUUUCGCUGUAAUCUACUCUCAAACAUAUUUCACUAUAGCUGCCUAGUUACCCAUGGACGUUAGAACUCACUCCCCUCCUUCAGGUCUAUGUUGACUGACCCACAGGUCAGGGUAAGAUCGUAAAAACUCCUUUGUUCAGACCUAAAGCUUGGUG